AUGGCACGAAGAAGAAAUAAAAAAGGAACUCGUCGCGUCUCUCGUCCAGCUGAAUCGGGGGAUCAGCUGGUCGACAUCAGAAACGUACCAUCCACAAGCACGGCUCCUACAAGUGGAAAUACGGAAACUAAAAGAGGAAAUGGAAGAAGGAGAGCUCGAAAUGCGGAGAGACAAAAAGAUGAAGAAGAGGUGACAGGUGAGUCUCGAGAAAUUCCACAAAUUUCCUCCCCUAUUGGCAAAUAUGGUGAGCAACACCAUUUUACUUCAUUCGAGAAGUACCAAGAAGUGUUGGGAAAGGUACUCGAUACCAAGCGUCAUAAAAAAAUUUGGAGAAAUUGGAAGGAUUCGUUCCCCAAUUUCAGUCGGAGUCAGAAAAGACGGAUCCUCAGACCACGCCAAGAGCCAAAGGUUUCAAGCCUCGCCUUGAGUGCGAAAAACCUUCGGCCGAUGCCAAAUUUGCCAGAAUCUUGGCCACUCAAAUUGACAAAAAGUUGGGCUGUUGUAUCCAGCCUUGAUGGAUAUGAGAAAACAAAAUUCCGAGAUUUCGUGCAAUGUUUAAUGGCCAAAAAUCAUUAUGGAAACGUUGUUCAUGAUCUUUGCAUCCAGGCCAUCAAGUUCAGCACGCCGGAGCGCGUAGCUCGCAUUCCGUUCGAAAUGAACGAUUUAAAUCCAAAAUCGGCCAAGUUCUUCUAUCGUUUCCUAUCGAACCAGCCGAUAGGUAAUGAGAAAAGAGGAGGCAGAAGACGGAGAAAAGAGGAAAAGGUCGAGACCCCGGAACUUGAGCCAGAGGACAAAUUGGAAGUCCUUCAUUUCUUGUCAAGGAUCAUCUAUACGGAGUGUUCGGAGGAAGAAGCCACUCGGUUCCGAAAAGCCUGGCGCCCAGUGGAUGUUGGACCCCAAACGCAGUAUUGGGCAGUGGAUGGAAAAAACGGCCUCACGAAGCUUGUUGAGUUGUUGGGCAGGGUCACAUUCAAGCCCGUCGCGCCCAAACAAACCGUCUUCCAUACCAAAAACUAUCUUUAUCUCCGUCCCUUAAUUAUUGGGUGUGAGCAGAUUCUGCUUCCGUGUCCCCAAACACCGUUAGACGCGACAACAGACGAAGACGGGACCGCAGGCGAAUGCAGCAAUUGUGGAAAGGAUAGGACCACGUUGGAACGAUUGUAUUUUGGCAUAACGGCCAAGUCGCAAUGCUUCGGAUGCAUCACUGGUCUGGAAGAGGAGGCAGAAGACGAUUUCUUUUAUAAAAUUAAAAGAAUAUACAAUUACAAUCAAAGUAAGGGCAUUUUUGAGUUUGAAAUAACAAAAACAAAUUGGUUUUCAGAAGACGAACAUCCGGUCGAGGAAGAUGAGGAGCAAGUCGAGGAAGAUGAGGAGCAAGACGAGGAAGAUGAGGAGCAAGUCGAGGAAGAUGAGGAGCAAGACGAGGAAGAUGAGGAGCACGUCGAGGACAAUCAGGAAGAAGUACACCACAGACGGAUCAAAAUGGAACCACGUUCACCUGAACCUGAGUCGGAAACGGGUCCAUCCACCAGCCAGCAGGCAGAGGAAGUUGCGGAUGAUGACUUCAUGAAUGAUCAAUUUGAAGCUAUGGACACACUCGCCGAAGAUACACUCAAUAAACAGGAUAUCUUCAAUCCAAUCGUGCGUCGUCCUCCUUCUCUCCAAAAUGAUGAUCCCUCCGGUACUCCGUCGGAAGAACCAGAAAACGGUGAAGAGGAUGAAAUGGGAGAUGAUGUUCCGGACUACUACUAUGACGCUCCGGUAUCUCCGAUUAUGUUCACUUCAGAAGCGGAUGAAAAAGAAGGAGCAAAUGAAGAAGCUUCAAAAUUGUCAGAAACUGAAGAUACAGCAAAAGAAACGAAGACUCGAGAUUCUGCAGUAGAAGCGAAUGAAAAAGAGGAGGCCAAAGAACAAGAUGUAGAAGUGUCACAGACUCCAGAAGCUGCAUCAGAAAGUGAUGAAAAUGAAGAGAACGAAGGACGCGCUGAGGAGGUGCCAUGGACUCCAAAACCUACAGAAGACGUUUUCGAUGAAAGCGAGGAUGCCGCUGAAGACCAACCUGACGUUGCAAUGGGAUCGAGCCAAUCUCCAGCUCCGUCUCCUUCUUGUAUCUCUCCAACAAUCCAUGAAGAAGAAGGAAAUGAUUACAGCUCUCCUGAAAGAGUUGCUGAAAAGAAUGGUGAUGUGCAACACACUCCAGAAGAUUCUACUCCAAAUGUGACGUAUUCUGAUUUUCUUUCUCAGUCCUCAACCAGGGAAAGUUCUUCAAGAUCACUUCUUCAUAGAAUUUCCAUUGAAGAUGAAAAAGACGACGAAGACGACAUGCAAGAAGAAGGAGAAAAAGAAAAAUAUGCCUAUGAUUUCACAAAUUCUGUGAAGGACCUCAACAAUGAAGAUGAUCUUCAAGACUGGACUUCGUCAGACAAGAAUCACAUCGGUUCAUUCAAAAAUCACGAAGAUGUAGAUGAUGAUUCGAAUCUCAGAGAACUAUCACAGACUCCAGAUAAGCUUGCCACUCCCAACAAUAAUGAAAAUGCUGGAGAGAAUGGAAUCGUUUCUGAUGAUGAAGAUGAGAUUUAUGGAAAAGCUGGAGAUGUCCAAGAAGAGCAGCAAGAGUAUGAGCAAGAAGUCCCCAUGUCUACUACAGAAUUUCCAUUUUCAUCUAACUUAGCCCCAAAAGCAGUCAUUCAAGAAAAAAUGGAGCCAGAAGUAGUUACCGAGGAUGCAGAUUCUCAUGAAAAAGUAGCUGAUCUUGAUGAAAACAAUGGUGAUGAAGGAGAUGAAGAAGAAGAAGAAGAAGAGGAGGAGGAGGAGGAGGAGAAUGGACAGGACUCCCCAGCGGCCACUCCAAAAUCUUCUCGUUCUUCGAACUUGGCGCCAGAAGAAAUACUUCAACAAGACGUGGACUCAACAGAAUUCAAGGAUUCAGAUACUAAUGAAACAGUUGAUGAUGAUGAAGAAGAAAUUGAUAGAGAAGAAAUUGCCGAAGACUCUCCCAUGCCAGAUUCAGAAUCUUCUUCUACUUCAAACGCGGCCCCAGAAGACACCACCCAGAAAGGUGUGGAGCCAGAUGACGUUACCGAGGAUUCGGAAGAUGGUCAGAUAGUUGCUGAUGAAGAGGAGGACGAAAUUUCUCGAAAAGAUAUUUGCAGAGAAAAAGAAGAAAAAGAAGACGAUGAAGACUUCUUCAUGUCAAAUCCAGAACCUUCCGUUUCUUCAAACUUGGUUCAAGAAGCAAUCAUUCAAGAAGACGUGAAGCUAGAAGCAGUUACCGAGAACGAUGAAGAUGUUACCAAAGAUGCUGAGGAGGAUGAAGAAUUCGCUUUAGGAGAAUAUGUUCAAGAAGAACAAAAAAAUGGGUACGUCGUCUCUUUCCCAGUUCUAGAAUCUUCUUUUUAUUUAAGCUCGACACCAGGAGCUACCACUCAAAAAGAUGUGAAGCUAGAAGCGGUUACCGAGAAUUCGGGAGAUGAUCAGAGAGCUGUUGAUGAAGGAAUUUCUGAAGAAGAGGAAGUAAACAAAAAAGAGGACAGUCAAGACUCCCCCAUGCCAUCUUCAGAGCCUUUGUAUUCUUCAAUCCCAGCACGAAAAGCUACAAAUCAAAAAGAUUUUGAGCCAAAACCAUCAACCAACGAUGAUUAUGGAGAAUUUGUUGAUCAUGAUGAACACAAUAGUGAAGGAGAAGAAGAAGAAGACAAGGAGGAGGAGAAUUGGCAAGACUCCCCAGCGCCCACUCCAAAAUGUUUUGUUUCUUCAACCUCUACACAGCAAGCAACUAUUCAAGAAGAUUUAGAGUCGCAACUGGUGACCGAAGAUGCCGAUACUCAAGGAAAAGUUUCUGAUCAUGAUGAAGACAGUGGUGAUGAAGGAGAUAAAGAAGAAAAAGAAGAAGAGGAGGAGAAUGGGCAGGACUCUACAGCGGCCACUCCAAAGUCUUCAAUUGACGAAAAAAUUGCUCGAGAACAAUCUGCCGGAGGUGAAGAAAAAGAAGAGGAUGAGCAGAACGUCUCCAUGUCUACUCCAGAAUCUCCAUUUUCAUCAAACUUGGCCCGAGAAGAAAUCAUUCAAGAAUACGUGAAGCCGGCUGAAUCGAUCGAGGAUUUAGAUAUUCAUGAAAAAGUUGCUGAUGAAAAUGAAAAAGAAGCUGAAUAUCAAUCUGCUGAAGAAGAAGACGAAAAAGAGAACAAUCAAGACUUCCAUAGAUCCGUUCCAGAACCUUUUGGUUCUUCAAGCUUGGCACCAGAAACAGAGAUUCAAAAUGAGCAAGCCCCUAAUCCAAAUGCAAUUUCUAAUUUUGAAGAAACUGAGGAAGCCGAAUCUUCAGUUUCAACUUUGGCGGAUGUAAACGACACAGCUAGAUUUGAAAAAAAAGAAGACGCUGAAGCUCCAACUGAAAUCGAGGAACUUGAAGUGCUUUCUUCCAGAGAAGCUAAUGAAGGUUCAAUGAUGCACCAAGAUGUUGCCAAUCCUGAAUCCGAACCACAGAGUACACUUGCAAACGAUGCCCCAGCUGAGAAUUAUCAUGAAGAUCAUUCGAUCAGUGAUUUGACAGAUGAAGACGAGCUCAAUGAUGUAGAAGAAGAAGAAGAUCCAAUUAUUCCCCAGAACACUGCCUCCUACACCCAGAAUAGCUUUGAAAAUUCUUUGGAACAACAUCGAUUUUCUGUUCCACAUUCCAAAAUGGAGGAAAUUGAAAAACGGGAAGAUUGCAAAGAAACUUCGACGUCCUUCUGGGAUCAAGUCUGCCCAACUUCUGAAAAACCAGCCGGAAAUGAGAGUGAAAAAGGUGAGGCUUCGAAUCCAAAUAAUGCUUCAAAAAGUGAUUCAGAAGUUGGAUCACAGCAACAUGGUGGCGACGAAGGUUGCCAACCCGAAGAAAAGAAUAAUUCGGAAUACGUGGUUCUAGAAAGUGGAACUGCUGAAACAUCCAAUGGUGAGAGAUCAACACAUCAUGCUCUUGAAUCACAAGAAGCACUUCUGAAAUCGCCAACUAUGGAGAAGAGAGAUGAGAAGCAUGGAUCAGGUCCUUCCUCUCUUCCAAGCUUUACUAAUUCGUCCAUCUCUUCGGUGGAAGAAUAUUUUCCUGAUUUACCUGGAUACGGAAAAGAAGAAAAGGCAGUAGAUUCUUUCGAACACUCGUCGACUUCCAACGAACCAAUUGUCCACAGAAUGAUUAGCAAUGAUGCAGAAGUUGCUUCUUCUGAACAUCAAGAAGAUUUGGAGGCAAGAAAGCGAAAAGCGGAUCUAGAUGUCGUUGAGGAAGAUGUCGUCGAGAAGAGAGUGCGGUUGGAGGAAGAAGCUCUGGUUGCUCGAGAAAGCUCUGAAGAUUCUGGAUCUUCGGUAGACGGUCGUGAGCCGCCAUUGAAAGAAGAUUCCCCUGAACUUCUCGAUUCUCCACUUCCUCAACCAGAAAAUCGAGAACGACCACGACAAGAAGCUCCGCAAAUUUCACAAUCUGACCAAGAAGUGGCAUCAACUGAACCUGAUGAGGAUAAAAUUCUUGACUUCCUGGAUAUUUGGUGUGAACGCUUGGAUAAGGAAGAAAUGGAGCAGGACCAGGAAAAACAGAUGAACCAUCAGGAACCGCAGCAGAAAGAAGACCAACCGGAGCAAAAUAAUCUGCUGGAGCACCCGGAACUACAGAUGCAGGAAGACCAGCCGGAGCAGCCGAUGCAGCAGGGUCGCCAGGAUCUGAAGGUGCAGGAAGACCUGUCGGUUCGGCAGCAACCGCAAGUACAGGAAGACCAACUGAACCAGCAAGGCCUGCAGGUGCAGGAUCAUCAGCCCCAGAGGAGAAUUGAGCAGGAGACAGACAAAGAGCUGUUAAGAUUGUUAAAUUACAGCAUUGAAGAAUCGGAAAAGGUUAGUUCAAUUAUGAGAAAAAGGAAAUCCGAAGCUGCUGAGAAUGGUUCCCCACCCAAGCAGCAAUCUCUUGAUUCCAGGCGUGGAAGUGCUUUUGAUGGCAACCAGAACCCUCAAGGACCUCCUUUAUGGGACUAUUUCUGCGACCAAACUUCGUCAACAGAACACCAAUGCACUUCUUCUUCCCUUCCUCCAGGAAACAUCUCGGAUUUGUUUCAGAGUCGCAAUGUGUCAUCAAUGCCAUCAACCUCAAAUCCAAGCAGCUCGUCUGGUACACCAAGUCAUCGUGGAUCUCAAGAAGGGAUGCUUUCUGUAGAACAGUUCCAGCAAGAAACAGAAAAUUCUCAGAAACAUGCGCAAGCAAAUGCAAACGCUCCACAUCAGCAACGAGAGCGGCAGGAAUAUGUUCAAUUCUGGAACAACUACGAACAGCAACGUCAGGAACGGGAUCGGCAGUUACAAGAAGGAGUUCGAGAAGCUCCAAUUCGUGACAAUCAGCCGAGAGACCAGGAUGCAAUGAGGAAUGCGGAGCCGCAACAGCAACAGCAGCACCGAUGCCCUCAACGACAGCAGCAACAGCAACAACAGCAACUGCUCCAACACCAGGAACAACAUCUGCAGCCAUCUGGUGAAGCACGAGAAGCUCCAAAUCUCGCUAAUCUGUCGAAUCCGCCUCAGAACCAACUGCAGCAACUGCACCAUCAAAUACAGCAUCUGCCGUUACCGCAGCAUUUGCAUCAACAGCGACAUCAGCAACAUCAACUGGUUCAACACCAAAAUCGUCAGCAGCUCCAUCAGCCACCAGUAGAAGCUCUAAGUCGCGCUAACCAGUCAAAUCCGUCUCAGAACCAACAGCAUCAUCAGGAUAACAAUAUGCAAAUGCAGCAACGCCAGGAGCAACUGCAGCAACGCCAGGAGCAACUGCAGCAACGCCAAUACCAGCAUCUGCCAACACCUGGAGGAGCUCGAGACGCUUCAAAUCGCGCCAACCAGCCGAUUGCGGCUCAGCAGAAUGAACCAGUACCACGGAUGGCGGCAAGAGAGCAGGAUGCGCGCAGGCUACAACAGUGGCAGCAGCAGGCGCAUCAGCACCGACAACUGCAUUACCAGGAUCUACCUCAGCAUCAUCAUCAGUUCUUUCAACAACAGCAGCUUCAACCACAACAGCAACAACGUAUGCAGCCACCAGCAGCCGCCGCCGUAGCUCCAAAUGGUGAUAACCAGCCAAAUCCGGCUCAGCAGAAGGAACCACUGAAUAUGCAGCGUUGGCCACAUCCACAGGUUCAACAGCAUCAUCAUCAGCUUCAACAGCAGCAACAGCUGCAACAGCAGCAAAUGCAGCAUCAACAACAACAGCUUCAUCAGCAGCAACAGCAGCAACAUCUGCAACAGCAGCAACAACUGCAACAACGCAUGCAGCCACCAGCAGCAAACGAAGCUCGAAAUGGUAAUAACCAGCCAAUUCCGAAUAACCCCUUAGAUGCGAUGCAGCGGUGGCAGCAGCAUCAGCUCCAACAACAGCAGCAACAACAACAGCAGCCGCAACAACAGCAGCAUCCACAGCAACUGCAGCAUCAAAAUCAACAGAUUCCACAGCACCACCACCAACAACAGCAGCGUCAAGGAGGAGUCGUCGAAGCUCCCAUCCACCAGCCUAACCCCUUCCAACAGAAUCUAGCAGGAGGUAUAAUGCCAAAAGGCACAAUGAAUACUGAACAGGAAAGACAGCAGCUCCAGAAUCAGAAACAACAACUUCAACAGCCAACAGGAGGAGUUGUCCGAGCCCCAGCCUUACAACCGAAUCCCUUCCAACAGGAGCAUGUUAUGCCAGCAGGAGCAAGGAAUGUAGAGCAGCAACGCCAAUGGGAACAACAUCAGUUCCAACAGCAGCAGCAACAACAUCAGCACCGUCCAGGAGAAGUUUUCCGAGCCCCAGUUCAACAGCCGAAUCCCAUCCAACAAGACCAUUUGAUGCCAGCCGGAGCUAGGAGGGUAGAGCAGGAGCGGCAGUUGCAACAACAACAGCUACCACAACAGCAACAACAACAGUAUUUCCAGUGGCAGCAACAACAACAACUGCAUCAGCAACAUCAGCAUCGCCAACAACAGCUUCAACAACAGCAGCAACAACAUCAUCGUCCACAGCCACCGAGAAGAGAUUCGGCAGAUGCUCCGAGACGUAACGACCAAACAGGAGCAAUGAUGCAACCUGGAGCUCAAAAUGCCCAGCAGCAGCAGCAUAACGUCCAGAAUUCUCAACAUUAUUUUGGACAUCAAGGAUUCAUGAACCAUGGGCAACAGUUCUACCAAGGGCAAAUGGAUCCCAUGCAGAUGCAGUGGUUCGAGCAGCAGAAUUUUGCAGCUGUAAGAUAUUUUUAUUACGAUAUUCAGCAAAUUUUCGGAUUUCAGGUCCAACGAGGCGUUGCUCCUCCGUUCCACCAAGGAACCCAACAGGUGUUCAACCGCGGUCAGGAUCAGAGGAUGGCCCAUAUGAAUAUGCCCAAUCCGAUGAUGAACAAUGGAUAUCCGGAGAUGGGUUUUAACCCUAUGAUGAUGCAGAUGCCUCCGAAUCAGCAGCGCCCACCUCAGAUGUAG